AUCUUCAGAGUUUUGGCUUCAACAUCUCCCCAAUUCUCUCCUUUCCCUCUUACCGAGUUCAAUCACAAGGAAAUGGAGAUCCAGGCAAGGCUAAUGGAAUACAGAUUCCAUUUCAUGGUAGCAAUCAUGGUGAGCGUGAUUGUGGCGUCUCUCUUGUAUGCAGCACCAAGGAUUGUGAACAUUUUAGCCUAUUUCUGGCCUCUGUUUGCGUCAACGGCCGCCUUCUUAGCGGUGGCAAUCACCUUCGGUGGCUUUCAACAGCUUUCAGAAGAAGCCACCGGCGAGAGACUGAUGGAUUACGUCGCCGGACGGCCUGAGGAUUCUCACAAGUACGAUUGACAAAGAUUUGCACACAAGUAUCCAUCUUUAAAGAGUUUUAACAAUGUACAUGAUUUGGUGUAACUUAUAUGUCAAAUAAAAAUGUGAUUGAUUG